AUGGCCCACCUCUCCCACUCAAAGAACGAUGACGAACUAGACUCUGAGUCUGACUCAGAAUCAAAUGCACCAAACCCUGCAUCACUGCUAGAUUCACUACUAAAUCCAUGGAUUUUUGGUGUUGGUGAAGGAGGUGGUGGCAGAGAGGAGUAG